UCAACUGUGAAAGCAAAGGAUUCUCUACUUCCAAUAAAAAAAGUUCUCACCAUUCUGAACAGUACUUUUUUUUUUUUUAAUGGAACAGCUCAACAACCAGAACCAGAGAGACACUAUGAAUUCAUCACCAGAACUAGUCUUGUAUAAUUUCUCGCACAGCUCCUGUUCAUGGCGGGUCCGCUUCGCUUUAAACCUUAAAGGACUGGAUUAUGAGUAUAAAGCAGUCAACCUUGCAAAAGGAGAGCAGUUUAGUACAGAGUUUGAAAAAUUGAAUCCUCUCCGUUAUGUUCCAGUCUUGGUUGAUGGUGAUGUGGUAGUCUCCGACUCCUUAGCAAUCUUGCUGUAUUUGGAAGAAAAGUAUCCUCAGAGAGCUUUGCUGCCAGAUGAUCCUCGGCGAAAAGCUCUAAAUCUCCAAGUUGCCAGUGUCGUCUGCUCUAGCAUACAACCUCUUCAUAUGUUGGCUUUGGUGGUACAUAAAAGCAUUGAAGAAAAAGUUGGUCCAGGAGAGGGAUUAUUAUGGGCACAAUCUAGUAUUGAAAAAGGUUUUUUUGCACUUGAGAAGUUGGUAAAAGACUUUGCAACCAGCUUUGCCACUGGAGAAGCAUUAUACAUGGCUGAUGUGUUCUUGGCCCCACAGAUUGCUACAGUUGUUAUGAGGUUCAACAUUGAUAUGCUGUGUGAUUGUUUAUGCAGUCCAACUUCCCUGUUUUAAGUAGGGUAUAUGAAUCAUACAAGACCGUACCGGAGUUCCGAGCUUCAUCCCCGGAAGCACAGCCAGUUGCAGGGAGUUAAGUUUGUUAUUUUUUUAAAUGAAUGUCAGCAAAGCUUUAGGUUCAAGAGUUCCAGCAUAGCUAUUGAGUUACUUCUUUCUUUUUUCCCCCUUUUAUUUGAUAAAUAACUGGGUAAAAUGAAAAAUAAAAUGUCUUAUGCUUUCGUUAUUUGCACUUUGGGGACCUAUAGUUUCUUCUGGUUGCUUUUUUGCCCCUUGCGACAAUUAACUUGCUAGAUGGUGUCCUCAAACUUUUUAUUUUUUCGAACACAUCCUAAUCCCUUAAUUUUGAA